AAAGGCUGCAAUCGGGCAAACAUCGAGUGCAGUUCGAUUCUGUUUGUCAAAUCGAGAAUUAACCCUUUCGUCGUCAUGCUGAAGCUGGUACUCCUCUUGCUCGCCGCCCUCCUGGCCGUUGCCAUGGCUGUUCCCGCUCCAGGACCCAGUCCAAAUCCCGCCCCGGUGCCCCAGUUUGUCUACUCCGCCGGCUAUCCGGCCGUGGGCUACGCCUCCCCGUACGUUUUCUACGCCUGAACUCAGUAUCCGGAUUCACUGAAUAAAGCCUUUUGACGUGUGCAUGGACAA